GUGACGGGCCGGUGACGUCAUUGAAUGUUGUUGUUAGUGGAGGAGAGACUGUGCAGGAGAGAGAGAGAGAGAGAGAAAGAGGGUGAGACUGGCAGAGAGCAGGGGCAGGAGGGUGGGACUCUGUGGAAGAGAGAAAGGAACGAUUGGGGUGGCAGUCAGUAGAAACUGCCAGGCAGGGGACUAGGAGUGAUGCAAGGGGGCAGGAUGACUAGAGAGAGGGACUGUGAGGGCCUCCUGGGGAGACAGGCUGGCAUCUGAAUACUGAGAGGCGGUGGCACGCGUUUGGGCAGUGAUAGACACCCAGUGCAAGAGACACAAGCUCCACAGACAGUCUCCAUCCACUGAAGGAAGACAGACGUCCUCUCUUAUUCAUUCACUGGCAGAGACAUCCCUCUACUGCCUUCAAUCAGCCAGAGACAUCCCUCUAUUACAGUCAUUCGGCUAGAGACAUCCCUCUACUACCUUCAUUCAGCCAGAGACAUCCCUCUACUACAGUUAUUCAGCCAGAGACAUCCCUCUACUACCUUCAUUCAGCCAGAGACAUCCUUCUACUACCUUCAUUCAGCCAGAGAUAUUCUCUCUUAUUCAUUCGGCCAGAGACAUACCUUCAACACAGGAGACCUGCCGGCAGUGAGGGAUGAAGGGAAUCUCUAAGAGACUCUCUGCCAUUCUAACAAUCCUCCUUCCACCUAGAGACAGGAGACACAUCUGCACAGAGAAAGAGAGCGAUCCAUGCCAUCGCUGAGAGACUGCCACUAUCCAUCACAUGAAGAGCCUCAGCCACUGAGACAGACCCAAGCCACUUCUUAGAGACAGCUAGAGACCCAAGACAUCUCCACUUCCCUGGAGGACACAACUGAGAGCUCCCCAGCCUCUGGCAGAAUAGUGAGACCUCCAGCCUCCAGCAGAGACUCCCCCAACUUACCAGUUACAGACCUGGGAGACCACUGGCACAGUGUAAGAGACCCACAUCCCCAUGCUUAUCAGAGAGACCUCCCAGAAUUAAGAGACCUGGUGGCAUAUACGGAGUAACCCCCGAGACUGCUCUGUGCAAUAUCCAAGCGUGAGUGUGUGUAACAUUAUGUCUAAUAUUAUGUGAGGAAAUAAGAGACACCCAGAGCAGCUCCAUUCACUGCUGCUGAAAGAAAAAGACUCCCAACAAGUUUGAGGUCCGGUGAGAGGCGAAUGGCUUUUCACUGCUGAAACAAAGACGAGACAGUCGGUGGAAGGAGAAAGCAACCAGCAGGUAACUACAGACUAAGGGAUGUCCACAGAGACAAGGCUCUUCUAACAUUGCCGUCAUUGCCCCCUCACCCUAGAGGGGAGGAUCCUAGGAUUUGGUGACCUGGAUUUUGGGGCAACUCUGUUAAUCUCUACAACCAGUGGACACCGGGAUGAGCCUGCCCACCCAGUCCGUGGAGGUCUCUCCUCUCCUUUCUGCAGCUGUACCCUCUCCCAGCAGUCUAUCGCCUACUUCAGGAGAGCUGAGGGCAGAGCCGAGGUCAGGCAGUGGCCCUGGGGGGGUCCUGGACCCCAUGAGUCGGGAACAGCAGCUCCAGCAGCAGCUUCUUCUCCUGAAACAACAACAGCAACUCCAGAAACAGCUUCUAUUUGCUGAGUUCCAGAAGCAGCACGAAAACCUGACAAGGCAGCAUGAGGUCCAAUUACAGAAACACCUUAAGCAACAACAGGAGAUUAUGGCGGCCAAGAGACAGCAAGAGUUGGAACAGCAGAGAAAGCGUGAGCGGCAGAGGCAGGAAGAGGCUGAGAAACAGCGACUGGAGCAGCAGCUUCUGAUUCUGAGGAACAAGGAGAAGAGCAAAGAAAGUGCUAUUGCCAGCACAGAGGUGAAACUAAAGCUACAGGAAUUCUUGCUCAGUAAGUCCAAGGAGGUACCUGGAAAUGUGAACCAUUCCAUCUUUCAGCACCCCACGUGCUGGGGCACACACCAUACCUCACUGGACCAUAGUUCCCCUCCUCAGGCUGGGUCACCAGCAACAAACCCAUCCUAUAAGGUGUCGCUCCUGGCAACCUGCGAUGGGCGUGAUGACUUUCCUCUCCGCAAAACUGCCUCUGAACCUAAUCUUAAGGUCCGUUCCCGAUUAAAGCAGAAAGUUGCAGAACGUCGCAGUAGUCCUCUACUCCGAAGGAAGGAUGGGACUGUUAUCAGUGCUUUUAAGAAAAGAGCCAUUGAAAUCCAGGUGUCUUCAGUGUGCAAUAGUGCCCCAGGAUCCGGGCCGAGCUCCCCAAACAGCUCCAACAGUGCCAUAUGUGAGAAUGGACUGACUGGCAGCGUGCCUAAUAUUGCUAGCGAGAUGCUUCCUCAGCAGAGGGUUCUGACUCUGGAAGGAGUGGGUGGACCUCUUGGGUUGUAUACGUCUCCAUCACUGCCCAACAUCUGCCUGCAGGGAAGCACCAGCAGCCUCACUGGCCAGUUCAACCCCCAGGAAGGGGCAGAGCGGCAGAGUCUGCGCCCAGGCGGCCCCUUCAUCAACACCUCUCCACUGCCUUCCAUGGAUGGGGGUGAGAUAAGCAGCCUGACGGCACCUUCUCUCUUACAGCAUGUACUCUUACUAGAGCAGGCCAGACAGCAGAGUGCUCUCAUAACAGUCCCCCUGCACGGUCAGUCCCCAUUAGUAGGGGGAGAACGAGUCUCUGGUUCCCUACGGUCUGUCACCAAAGGCACAAGGCAUCGUCCCCUGAGUCGUACACAAUCUUCUCCUCUCCCGCAAAGUCCUCAGGCCCUACAGCAACUGGUUCUGCAACACCAGCACUACUUGGACCAGCAACACCUCAACAAGUCCAGUGAGGCCAUCCGCCAGCCACCUACCCACCCGGAAGAAACAGAAGAGGAGCUAACAGAGCAGGAUGGGGGUGAAAGGUGCCGUGCAAUUUUCACUCUUGAUGGGGGCACAGAAAGUGAAGAAACACAGGAGGAAGAUUGUGGAGAGGAAGAGGAGGAAGACAGAGAAGACAGAAGGACCAAUGGUGUUGAGCAUGCACUGAAAAAGCUCUUCCCAGAUGUCCUUCCUCUCUACCAGGGUUCACUCCCUCACUCGGCUCUGAGUCGCACUCAGUCCUCCCCAGCGGCUCCUCUGUCAACCUGCAGUUCCGAACCUUACCACAGAGUGAUCAGCACAACCGGUCUAGUCUAUGAUACCCUCAUGCUGAAACACCAGUGCACUUGUGGAGAUACCAACAAUCACCCAGAGCAUGCUGGGAGAAUCCAAAGUGUCUGGUCCCGCCUGCAGGAGACUGGCCUGCUGGGAAAAUGUCAGCGUGUUCGAGGCAGGAAGGCUACGUUGGAUGAGAUCCAGACUGUUCACACAGAGCAUCACACCUUGCUUUAUGGGACCAGCCCUCAGAGUCGCCACAAGUUGGAGAGCAAGAACAUUCUAGGGACUCUAUCCCAGAAGCUGUAUGCCGUCCUGCCCUGUGGAGGGAUUGGGGUGGACAGUGACACCGUGUGGAAUGAGCUGCACUCGCCUCCGGCUGUGCGAACGGCAGUGGGGUCUCUACUUGAGUUAGUCUUCAAAGUAGCCUCUGGAGAACUGAAGAAUGGUUUUGCAGCAAUAAGACCGCCUGGACACCAUGCUGAGGAAUCUGUUGCCAUGGGCUUCUGUUUUUUUAACUCUGUAGCUAUAGCGGCCAAGUUGCUCCGUCAGAAGAUGAACGUGGGCCGAAUCCUCAUAGUGGACUGGGACAUUCAUCAUGGUAAUGGCACACAACAGGCAUUCUACAACGACCCGAAUGUCCUCUAUAUUUCUCUCCACCGUUAUGAUGAUGGCAACUUUUUCCCUGGUAGCGGCUCUCCAGAUGAGGUGGGUGCUGGCAAUGGAACUGGGUUCAACGUUAAUAUUGCUUGGACGGGCGGCGUGGAUCCCCCUGUGGGGGAUGCUGAGUACCUUGCUGCAUUCAGGAUGGUGGUCAUGCCUAUAGCCCAGGAGUUCUCUCCGGAUUUUGUUCUUGUUUCUGCUGGCUUUGACGCAGUUGAAGGUCAUCAGUCUCCACUGGGGGGCUACUCGGUAACAGCCAAAUGCUUUGGACACCUUACCAAGCAGUUAAUGACUCUGGCUGGCGGCCAAGUGGUCCUGGCAUUAGAGGGAGGUCAUGAUCUAACAGCCAUUUGUGAUGCCUCAGAGGCUUGUGUUUCUGCCCUUCUGGGUAUGGAGCCUACACCUUUGGAUAACAGUGUCCUACAACAGAGACCCAGUAACAAUGCAGUAGCAACCCUGGAGAGAGUCAUCAAUAUCCAUAGCAAACACUGGAGCUGCUUAAAGAGCUCUACUUUAGGCUGUUCCAUCCUAGAGGUGCAGCGUGUAGAAGUGGAGGAAGCGGAAGCAGUCAGUGCGCUUGCAUCAUUAUCUGUGGAUACAGACCAGUGCAACUCCAACUCUAGUCCCAGACCAUUAGAAGAGCCCAUGGACGAUGAACCAGUGGCCUGAGUAAACCACAUCCCCUCACACACACCGCUGUCCUUUUUUUAAUUUUCUUUUAUUAGUUUUUGUUAUGGUGAUUGGUUUAUUUUUUCUAUUAAAACCAAGAAACAAAAAAAAAAAAAAACACAAAGAAACCACAAGAUAAUUAAAUGGGUCAGAUGUCCUGUGUCCCAGCAGCUGAGGCUAGCACACCCACCACCCCUUUUCCCGGGACCCACUCACUCCAACCUGCUCUCCAUCUGUGCUGCUGUCCUGGAUUUUGUCUCACCACCCCAAUGCAUUGAGUAACUUUACUACUAAGUGCCAUCUCUCUCUCUCUCUGUCUUAUACAACACUAAAUGGUAUGUAUAUAUGUGUGGGAAAUGUAUACACUAAUGCAUUGCACUUUCUAAAAUGGAAUGACCUAUGGAAAGAAUGGCCUACCUGCUUCCCCUGCAGGACAGAAAUGGAUUGGUCCUAUUGUGGUGUUGUGUCUCUGUGGCCCUGCAUUUCGUUGGGCCCUUUAAAGGUUGUAGGUAGGAAGAGUCAGGGACAGCAGGUAUAACAGGGCAAGAUGGUGACACUGACACUUCUAACCUGUGGCCCUUGAGUUGUCAGUGAAGUAGUUCAGCUAAAGCCCUACUUUAUAUACAUAAUAGAGUCUGUGUCCCCUAGCUCCUGCCAUAACCAAUAACCGAAGCACAGCUUAACACUCUGAGAUUAAUGUGCCAUCCAACAAUCUGUAUAAUCCAUGGAUGACAUACACGUGAUAAUGUGUUAAAAGGGGACUGUGUAGACUUUGGUUCAGCAUAAGCUCAGUUGAAAGGAUUUAGGCUCUUUAGUGCUAUUGCACAUUGACCUGGAAAAAAACUGAAAUUUUUCUGAAUUUUUAGUAUCAUUGAAUCAGUAGAGACCCUGUUUUUUAUCCCAAACAGUUCACCCACCUGGGCUGUGGAGACCUUUGUAGGCAGUAAGGACUGGGCUGAGCUGUGCCUCUUGAUGCACUGAGCACCGGAGUUUUCAUCUGGUGCAGAGAGCGGUAACCCCUGGAUGCAAGUGCUCCAAGAGGUGAGCUCUUGAGCUUGCACCCCAUCUACUUACUUAUCCCAAAGAGCAAAACUAUACAAACCACCAGUCCAAUGAGAAACCUCUGUUCAACUUCCUGAUCUCAAAGAGCAAAGUCAUGCAAACCACCAGCCCAUUGAGAAACCUGUAUUCUACUUCCUGGUCCCAAAGAGCAAAGUCAUACAAAUCAAUUAGAAUGCUGUAUUUAACUUGCUGAUCCCAAAGACCAAAGUCAUACAAAUCAAUAAAAAUGCUCUAUUCAACUUCCUGAUCCCAAAGAGUAAAGUCAUAAAAACCGCCAGCAAAUGAGAAGCCUCUAUUCAACUUCCUGAUCCCAAACAGCAAAGUCAUACAAAUCAAUUAGAAUACUCUAUUCAACUUCCUGAUCCCAAACAGCAAAGUCAUACA